AUGCCUCGUACCACUCGCAGCAGCAAACCCAAGAAGAACAAGUCGGCGUUGACCAAACGUCAAGUGGCCAUUGGCAAGGCGCUGGUGGACUUGUUGGACGCCAAUGACGACUACUCCAUGUUCGAUGACUGUCAAACGCGCGAUGAGGAAUUCAAAAAGAUCAAGAAGCUGUAUCAUCGAGCUUGUUUGAAGCAUCACCCAGACAAGGGCGGCGACGCUGCCCAGUUUCGCCGCGUGCAAGCUUCCUUUGAGCUUUUGAAGGAAAUGCACGCCAAAAAGAACACCGAGGCGGCAUUUCGCAAUGGACCACCUCCCUCUUGGGAAUUCUACCAAGAAGCGGAGACCGAAUCCGUCCCUCUCUACCGCGUGGAAUUGGCCAAAUCCGCACGCAGCAAAUGCCAAGCUUCUGGCAAGGCCAAAAACUGUUCCCAGCCGGAAGAUGACGACACCACUGGUGUCCCGGAGAAAAUUGCCAAGGGCGAAAUUCGCAUUGGAGUUUUGAAUGAUCAAUCUGGAACGUACAGUCGAUGGGUCCACUUGCGUUGCUGGCGAGUUCCCGUCAAAGUGUGGCUGGGAUUGCCACGAGAUGAUGAUGACAAUGCCAAUGCCACCACGGAACAAUAUGCCGCUGCCAUUUCUCAAAUGGAAGAGUUGCUCUUGGUGGGUUUCCGCGAGCUUCCGGAAGAGGACCAACAGGCAUUUGUGGAGCACUGUCAAAACAAGGAACACUGGGCACAAGCACGUUCGGAAGCGCAAAAAGACAUGGUAGAACAAGUCACUGGAGCGCGGCCAGUGUCCAAAUCGAAAAAGGCCAAGAAAAAGAAGGCUGUGCCAAAAAAGGAUGACGACGAGGAAGAGAUUUUGGACGUCAAACCGGCCGCAAAACCCACUGCUACGACGGCCUUUGUCGCAACUUCUACAGCGGCCACAGCUGCGGCCUCCACCGCCAUUGUUCCUGCUGCUACGACCACUGCAUUGGUCAAGCAUCGACAACAGUUUGUCAUUCCCAUGCCAGGGCGGAAUGGAGCUUCCGACGAAACCGUCUUCAAAGGCAAGACGUUUGUCUUGACCGGACUCUUCCCCGAGAUUGGUGGCGGUGGGGGCUUGGAUCUGGGAAAGGGCAGUGUCAAGGCGAUGAUUGAGAGUUUUGGAGGUCGAGUCACGGGAUCCAUCUCUGGAAAGACGGACUGCCUGGUGGUGGGAAAGGAGCCUGGAAUGAGCAAGGUGUCCAAAGCUCGCGAUCGUGCCAAGGUCAAGCUUGCGUCGCUCCAUGAUUUGAAGAUAGGACUCGACAAUGGACUGGCGGCUCUAGAAGACUUUGAUUUUUGCAAGGCCGAGGAACCCAUGAAGAUUCAGUCGUUCAGCAAGGGAUACAACUACCAAAGCGGCGGGUACAACGGGUUGGCUUUGCAAGCAUCGGCCGAAGAGCUCGCGAUUGCCCAGGGAUUGAUGGAACCCGAAAACAAGAAUGUGCCAGCGUUGCCAGCAUCGGCCAACGCCAACGAUUCCAAACCAGAGGCAAAGGAGGAUGCCAAACCAGCGGCCAAGAAAAAGAAGGCCCCUCCCAAGAAACGCCAGGCUUUGACGGAUGUCUCGGCCAAUGACGGGGAAGCAAAGGCUUCCACCGACAACAACAAAAAGCGCAAGACUACACGUGCCAAGCGAGCAGCCAAGCCCCAAGCGUCGUAG